ACUUGAUUACAGUGGAGACUGGGAAUGCUGGGGUUGGUGUUGGAGAAGGGCAAUUUUCUGAUUUUAUUGGCUUUUAAAUUACUAUGUAUUAACAUAUAUUUUUUUGCGCUAUAAGGGACACUUAAAACCCUUUAAUUUUCCCCCAAAAAUAGUCAGUGUGCCUUUUAAUCCGGUGCACCUUAUGUACAGUAUGAAUUUUACCAGUCAGGUUGUAAGAAGCAGUAAAGCCACUCUGCUGAAUACAGCGUUAUAUAGGAGUUUCUGAUUAGUUUCUUCAGCAGCAUUAGCAUUUCCCGCUAACCGUGCUAAACUCUAGCUCUUCGGCCGUUCAAAGUUGAAUAUUAUCCGCCUGUAGCCUUCUGCUAACCCCGGCUAGCACUGCUGAAGCAGCGUUAGCAUUAGCCGAUAAUCACGCACUAGUUUGUUUGCUGUUCAGAGGAUGUCUGAGGCACUGUCACAGCAGGAGAGGCUCCAGGCUAUAGCAGAGAAGAGAAAGAAACAGACAGAGAUUGAGAACAAAAAACGACAGCUGGAGGAUGACCGCAGACAGCUACAGCACCUCAAGUCAAAGGCAUUAAGGGAGAGAUGGCUGAUGGAUGGAGCGCCCUCUGCUGGCUCGGAGGAAGACGAGGCAAAGAAGCAGCUUCAAGAAGACGAAGCCAAGACUAAAGGACUUGAGGAAGCUAUUCUGAGAAUGGAGCAGGAACUGGAGGAGUUGGAGACAGGUGUGUCCGCAACGUCCACCAAAGAAAACCUCUCAGAUGUGGCCCAGCAAGAGGAAACCAAAGCUGUGGACAACAAAGUUGUUGGAGAGACUAUAAAAGUGAUCAGAGAGAUCAAAGAGGUCAAAGUUCACGUCAGCCCUCGUCUGGAGAAAUCCAGAGGUGACUCUGACAUGAUGAGAGCAGCAAUGUACUCCGUAGAGAUCACUGUUGAGAAGGACCUGGCCACAGGCGAGACCAAGGUCUUGUCCACCAACACACUGCUCCCCAAAGACCUCUCUCAACAGGGGGUCAAAGUGUAUGAGGAUGAACAGAAAGUGGUGCACGAGGUGGGUGCGGUGGCCAACGGUGUUCACCAACUCAGCUCCUCCGAAGUGGAAGAGCUCAUCCACAAGGCCGACGAGAUCACCUACAGUGAUGGUGAGGGGACCACACCCAAGAGAGUGGCAGAGUCUGAGACGGUGGCAGUGGCAGUGCCAGCAGAGGGUGAGCCCACGCCUAUUAAGGAGAUUACAGGAGUGGAAGCCAAGCCACCAGCGACUACCCCACAGCCGGAGGUGAACGAAGCCAGCACAGAGAACCCGGUCACCAUGGUGUUCAUGGGCUACCAGAACGUGGAGGACGAGGACGAGACAAAGAAAGUGUUGGGGAUGGAAAGCACCACUGUCAAGGCCGAGCUGGUGGUUAUCGAGGAUGGAGAAAAUAAGAGUGCUCAAAGUGCUCAGAGUGAAGCCAAGGAGGAGCAAGAGGCUCCUCCCAACGGCGGUCCGGCCGAGCCGGUCAAAGAUCAGGAGACCUCAGGGGAGGCUGGGGAGCCGGAGAGCGGUGCCGGCGAGGUCAAAGGCAAAGAGAAGCAGCCAUGCAAAUGCUGCUCCAUCAUGUGAGCCAAGGGGACACUCCCACCGAGGAGGGGUUGUUAGAACUUGACGCUCAGAAUGGUGCACCGUGACACCACGCAGACAAACCGACACCGACGCAAAAAGAGAGGAGAGAAAACAUCUUGUGUCUUUUGAUAGGAAGCUAUUGUUUUCUUACUUCAUUCGUACCGGUUUUAUAAUUUCAAUGAUUUUUUUUUUUUUUUUUUUUUUCCCCUUUAUAUUUUUUCCCCUCCUUCCUUCGUCUUCUCCGUUUUGGUUUUGUGACUGAAACAAAUGCUCUCAAUGAGUGGAGCCUGAUUUUUUUUCUUUAUUAUUUAGUUUUUUACUCUCUUGCUAAAACAAAAAAAAAUCAAAAUGCCAAGCAUCGCUCGCCAAACCCUUGGUUUUCCUGCUUUCACCUCCUAUUCGCAGCCAUGGAUUUUUGUAGUCUUACCUUUCCAUAUGAAGGACUCUGAUAUCUCUGAAACUAUAUAAUAUAUAUGAGUCAUUUAUUUUUUAAAUAUAUUUAUUUUAUUUUAACUUCCGUUCUCGAGCUCCCUAUUUUGUUUUAAGAAGAAGCAUGGUGUGUGUGAAGUGCUCUCUUCCCCUGCUAAUGGAGUUUUAUUUUAUUUUAUUUUUUGUCUUUCUUCUAAAAGAGGACAUCUGGGGGAGAGGAUUGAUCAUCUCAUUGGGAAAUUGUGAAAAGGGACUGCCUAAGCUGUGAGAAAAAAACUUUUUCCUGCUAUUUGCAAACGUGGAUUUAAAAAAAAAAAAAAAAAGUAAUGUGGGACUCUAAUGUGGAAACAUAUGCCAUACUGAUACUAAACUGCAGUAGUCCUCGCAAUCGAAUGUCAAUGGUGGGGAAGCUUUACAGGUCUAUUGAGUUCAGAUUUGCAGUGCAGCAUGUAAGUGUGUGUGUGUGAGUGAGAGAGCGAGAGACUUGGUGAUGGUGCUGCUUUUUAAAAUGGUGAACCAUUCUGAUCUGUUUCAGACUUUGGCAAAAAAACAAAUCAAAACACACAUGCACUCCUAGGUGGCACAGUGCCGCACUUCCUCACCUCCUUUUAUCUAACCUGUACCUUCCACACACACAUACACACACACACACUCAAACACACAAAUAAAUGCAUGCCUGCAUUUCUCUCUCAGUUCAGUCAAUUCUACAUUCUUUGUCUGCUUGGACACUUUUUACAUUUGUUUUUAUUCUAAGACAUAUUUAAGGAUUAACCAGUAUUAAAGAGAGCACUCUUUCAUAUUGAAACGUCGGACUGAGGAAAUUAUGUGAAUUUCUUUCUCUCUGCCUUGAUUUCCUUGCUUUUCAGUAUUUUUUUUCCUCAGUUUAUAAUCCUUAGCACCUCUACCCAUCCGUGAGCCCCUUUAAACCCACUGAGCCCUUUUUUGUAUGGAUGGAUUUUGUGGAUUGUCAGUUUUGAGUAUUCAAACAGCCUGAGGUGUAGAGAAAGCUGGUUAUAAAGCGAGGCGGCUCUGCUGUCAGUCCAGGGUGGCACGCUGUGCCAAUUUACACUGCCUUCGGUCUCCUCUCAGGCAGAGCCAUCCGCAGCGAGAAAUUCCCGAUUUGCUGGAGCCAAAACCUAUGCAAGAACCCUCAUUUACGCAAGUCAGCAUCAGCCACCUUUAUCCAUUCCAUUCAGUUUCGAUUAUAAUGAUGUGUAUGUGUGUGUGCUGCUAAACUUAACAACCAAGCACUACCCCAUGCACUCACACUCCCAGUUCCGAAUGGCUUGGAAACUGCUAGAAAAUAAUUAUGAAGUGUUACCGAAUUAUUUAAAGGAUUUCAUCACCAUGUAGUCUUGUUCUGGUAAGUCACAUCACGCAAAACAUCAGCAUGCCAAAAAGUGUUACACCCCUGAAUGCUGAAAAUAUUGAAGCAUCCGGAACAGAAAGUAAGUCAUAUGCAUCAUUUCCUCUGCAGCACUUACAGUUUACUCAUCCCCUUACCUUAAUGAUUCAAUGAAUUAAGAAUACUGUCAGUAAACUAUUGAGAUACUGACCAUUUUAUUCCCCUCCAGAAUGACAAGUAACUGGUUCAGCAGGCAGGAUAAAACAGUGAGACACUUUGACUGACCAGCAACAUUCACCAGACCUUAAUCUCGGUUCUCAGUCUGGAACAGAAGAUGAAACGCUACAGUGAGCAAAUAAAAUGGCUAGUUCAUGGUUUAAAAUGGACAGGAGCAUCUCAAGAAAGGUAUGUAAGCUGUACUGCUGGGAUAUACUCCAACUUGUUUUGAUUUUUGGGUAUCUGCAAAAUAUCUGCAAAGGUUAAUAAGUUUUGGAGAUAAACACAAGGCUUAGAUCGGAUAGAGCAUGUCUAGCUAACAUCAGCUAGAGGAUUUGACAUCAGCUAGAGGGUUUGACGUCAGCUAGGGGAUUUAACAUCAGCUAGAGGAGUUAACAUCAACUAGAGGAGUUAACCUCUAGCUAACAUCAACUAGAGGAGUUAACAUCUAGCUAACAUCAGAUAGAGGAUUUAACAUCUAGCUAACAUCAGUUGAAAGUGACAUUGAGCUCUAUCAGAGGAGUUAACAUCUAGCUAAAAUUAGCUACAGGAGUUAAAAUCUAGCUAAUAUCAGCCAGAGGAGUUCACAUCUAACCUUGAGGAGUUGGCAUCUAGCUGACAUUAUCUUAAAGAGUUAAAAUCUAGCUACACUAGUUACACUAGCUAGAUACACUAGCUGAAUCAGCUCUAGGAAUUAUGCUGCUCAUUGUGUAUGUCAAAGAAAAUAAUUAUAUCCCACAAAGUUAAGUGUUCUAGUUUCCAAACAAAUAGUUAGUUAAAGUCAAAAGAUUUUAAAGUUCACAAAAACUGGUUUCACUGUGGUUUCCCAGUGUUUUAUGGUGACUCCAGUACCAGGUUAGCUUGGUUAGCAUAGGUCCAGGUUAGCAUUUUAGCAUAGACCAAGGUUAGCAUUGUAAGCAUUUGCCAUUGUUAGUAUUGUUAACAUAGGCACAGGUUAGCGUUGUUAGUAAAGUUUUGAGUUGAGUUAAAAACAACAGAUUGUGGUAUUUUGCACAGAUACCUUUCCCCAGAUUGAAUUAAAUUGUUCUGUGUAUUGCAUAUUGCAGUAUAAUAUACAUACUCAUUUGAGUACAAGCAAGUCUGUCACCUACAGUCCUGCUUGUCAUUAAAGUGGUGUUUUUCUGACUAGCUUGUUAAUCUGUAUGUUUUAUAAAUCAUUUUAUGCUCUGAAAUGAAAAUGAAUGAAUGCCCUAAUGCUUAAGUACUCCUGCAAAUCUUGAAUCAUAAAGUGAGGGGAUGCGCCAACAAGCGGUGAAAUGAUGCAUUUACUACUCGUUUUUUUGGUGGUGCAUUUUAUAUCGGUUGAAGUUGGCGUUAAUUUUAGUGCUAGAAGUGUUCAUCCUUGUAUUACAGAGACUGACUGCGUUAUGGAUUCUCAUGGUGCUAUUCUAUCAUGGUUCUUUUUUUUUUUCUUUUUUCUUUUUUUUUUUAAGAAAUGCAUUUUUUUCAGCCAGCCCAGCCUCGCAGUAGCUACGAUUAGCAACAUUUACUAUAUUCCAGUGUAUAGGAUUUACCCUAAGAACAUCUCACGUCUGUGUUUUUAUCGUUUUAAGCAUGUGUGCUAAAAUGAAUUUACUUUUAUUAAUUGUAUUAAUUUACUUUGUAAACCAGUAGUGAACCACAUUAUCAGCUAACCUGUUUUUAUUUAGGAUCAUGAAAUUGCGUUUUUUUUUUUUUUAUCUUUAAUUUACUUCAGUACCCUAGUCUGAAGGUAAUAUGUUUGGGACUGCUUGGUAGUUGUGUGAGCGUGUUGGUGUGUGUUUGUGUCCAUGCGAAUGUUUUCAAGUGUAUGUGUUUGAGUGUGUGUGUGUGUGUGUGUGUGAGAGAGAGCAUGUGUGCAUUCCUUUCAGAACACAAUGGCAUUAGCAGUAAUCUUGUCUAUAUAACUGCACUUAUUCUGAGAAGAAGAUUUCCGCGGGGAAUCUUUGGUGUGUGCCUUGUGGCUAGAAUAGUUCAGACAGAGAGCCAAAGGUGGACAGAGCUAGUGGAAAAACCCCUUUGUGUGUCCAUAUGAUACAAACCAUGAGACCUCCUGUCCCAUUCACAAAGACGCAUGCUUUAGUUUUCACGGGUGUACUGCAGCGUCAGUGGAGCUUGCAUGGCCAUGUGGAAGUUCUAAUCUUCAAGCAGCUCCUCUUGAUACCCCUGCCCUUAAAGCAAAGGCCUCAAUAAAAUGAGGUACUUACCCAAAAUGUAGUCAAUUAGCCAAGACGGGUUUGGUGCCCAAAGUGUGCUAGUGCAAAAAAAAGGCUGCUAGAGCUAUGAGGCUAAUGUAGCUUGCACCAAUUCCAGCUGGCUAAAAACAAAACUACUGCAAAAAUGGUCUGUUUUGAUGGCUGAACAUUGUGAACGUGGUCAAACGCUUACAAUACAUUCACAACACAAAUCUGAACACUUUCUAAAUUCAUACACUGUACAAAAUCUUUGAGCAGUCAGUUAUGAUAACUUAUGAUAACUAUGAUAAAAAUAAGUUUUGUGAUUUUAACUAAAGAUUGUGUUGUCAGCUUUUAUAUUAGUUUAACGAAGUGGAAAAAAAAAUAAGUACAGUUAAAAAAAAACAUUUAUUGGUGUAGUCUGAGGAAAACGCAGCAACUCUGGGAAAGAGCGCUAUCCACCCACCCAGAGAGAAAGACCAAUUUUGCUCUCUCAGGACUCUGGCAGCUGAUGGCAAGCUGCAUGACUGAGAUUCGAACCAGCAAUCUCCCGAUCAUAGUGGCAGCGCUUUAGAGCGCUGGACCACUCGGCGACCCAAGCUGCGAAAAUGUUUUUACAGUAUAGCACAUUCACAACACAUUUACAGUCAUAUUAAACAGCUCUCAUACUUGUACCCUUCAAAUGUUUUGAUUUACAUUGCUAACAUUUUAUCCAAAGCAACUUUUAUUUAAAUCCUGUUACACUGAUUGGGGGAAAGGGUAGCCUGGCCCCAAGGAAUCUGGCACCAAGGGCUCUUAUUGGUGUAGUGUGGUGUGCUUGCCUGACCACUGAAUCAAGCCCCAGUCUGUCAGAGGAAUCGGGUGGUGUUAUCCACUAUGCUGCACCAACCAUCAAUAAUUAGAAAGGUCUGUUAAUUGCUUUGUAAGGUUUUAAACACAUUUAUGUAUUUACCCUACAUAAAACAUAGGUGAUUUUAGUUUUAAUUGGCAAUUUACCUAAAUUGUGUGUCUGUAUCUUUUAUUAAAACACAAAAUUGAAUUAUCACAUGAUGCACAGUAGGUACUUUAAUGAAAACAAACUUAUUUUUAACAAACUUGUCAUGGAGUCCAGUGUGUGAUGAUUCAGAUGGCCUUUCCACACUGCUAGCUAAUUGAAAUACUUAAGUAUCCAUUACUUAGCCACAUUAGCCACGCACUGUAGCUCCAGUAAAAAACAUAAGCAAAGAAACCGCACUCAGCAGUCUCCGCUGUUCGACUACAUUUGGGAAUAAGGCGAAAAUGAUGUAAAUUAGCCAAGCCAUUGCUUUAAACCCCCAACCACUAUGGCAGACGAGCAAAAACUGACCCCAGAGCAGUGAAUCCGGGCUUCCUCUACCAUCGCCCUGACUAGCACAGCACUGUGAGCAAUUAUAGUUACCUCAGACUUCUGCUCUGCACCGCAACCUACUGUUUGUCAGUACUAACAUUCCAGUUCCGACGUGUUCCACAGCCCUGAAUGCCUUGUAGCCCGGCCGCCUCCGGCCUGGCCUAUCUCUUUGUAAAUGUGCAUGCCUUUUUAUAGCUAUAUCCAUCAUAUAUCUACAUAUCCAUAUCCAUGUUGGGUGAUGUCUACUCCUCCUCCUCCUCUCAUACCCCUCGUAGUCGACCGAAGCCUCCCUUCCCUUCUCCCAUAAUGUCAGUGAGAUAGAUGUAUUGAUCAUAGUGUCUAGAAGCAUGAUCAGUGAAGGAGCUGGACGUCCUGAGAGCGUGGACAAGGUCGCUUCCUCUGUUUCUUCACUGAAGGACCGGCCUCUCUUAGCCUGGGGAAUGAGUGUGUGUUUGUGUGUGUGUGUGAAUGUAUGUUUGUGCUCCCACUGCCACUGCUCUGUGCUUUGUCAGUUGUGAAGGUCUGCUUUCUUACCGAAUUAAAAGUGCUGUAGAACGAGUUUGAAAUGAGAUAUUAAAAUGUGAUGUGCUUUAAAUAA